GAGGAAAACAGGAAGAGCAGCUGUCUGGUUGUUCACAUGACAUAAGGAGCAAGAAAACCUGAAAGAAGCCACACAGACGAGUGAAGUUAAGCUGUGUCUGAAGAAUGAACUCAAAAAAGAUUUAAGAAGAAGAAUUUUCAGAAGUGUCUCCACAUCAUCUCCAGACCUGUGCAGCUCUUUCAGCUUCUCUGACUCAGACUCUGAUUCUUAUGAAUGCAGCAAACAAACAUCAGCAAAGAGAGCAGAAAGAGAGGAUUCAUGUUCCAACAGAGUGACCAGAAUGAUCAGGAAUUCUCAACCCAGGACCACAAAAUGCAGAUGUCAUUGUUCUUUGAAACUAAAUUACACGUUUGUAUGCCCCACACCUGCAAUCACCAGAAGUCAGAGUGCAAGAAAUAGAAAAGAAGAACUUUGCUAUCCAGAGGGAGAUUCCAUAUUUCCAGACUCUGCAACCAGUUCACCAUCAAGGAGCAGUAAAGUUGUCCCUUACUGUAAUACCAGUAAUGUGACGCUUCCUGUCCCUGGUCCCUCUAUCAUUUCUCACUUCACUAUUAACUCUUGUGAAGAAUAUUCCCCACCAAUAACCUUAAAUACUUCUUCAUUAUUAUUUAACAAUACCUCUCCCCCUGUGGGCAGAAGAGAGGUGAAGACCAGUGUCUUCACUGAAGAACACAAGGUAGAAGAUUCAUUUGAGUUUCUAUCGUUAAAAUCUGAAGACUUGACGGAAACUGCAGUAUCAGUUUCAGCCAUAAAACAUCCAGUCACACACACACUGUUAACCCAGUCUGACCACCAUAUUCAAUCUAUAGAUUCUGGUUUGAAUGGAAGAGACUAUAUUAACUUGUCUCGUUCCCUCAGUUUUCCCUCACUGACUCAGAAAACAAAUAACCAAAGUUUAACACAAACUAAAAGUUUACCUGACAUGAAGCUGAACAGCAGCUGUGAGGAGUUUACACCUGAUUUCAUAGAUGAUGAAAGUGAUGAGACCUACAGGUUCCAGGGCUCCAGUCCAGGCCUGUUCCAGUGCACAGUGACCGGCCUGCUGUUCCACAUGGAGGGAGAAGGGGAGGUUUGUUACAGGAUUGUUACCUGGAACAGGAGGCUGCUCAGCCAACACCAUAAGAAACCUGCAGGACCGCUGUUUAACAUCAAAUGUCUGCAGCAGUCUGUGUGUCAGCUUCAUCUCCCACACUGUGAGAUCCUCUCCACGGGUGGAGGGCGCUUCUUGUCAGUCGCUCAUAUCAAGGAUGAGGGCAUCGAGUUUAUCAAGCCUCAUGAUAUAACAGAAACUCAUGUGAUCAUAAACAUCACUGGGUUUUCUGGUUUUGGUAACGUCAAGGAUGAAGACUCUCCCCCAGACCCGGUUCAAGCCUUGGUUCUGCUCUUCUACAAGCCCCCAGAUGACCCUGAUCUUGAACACCUCAUUAAUGUGUUGAUGCUUCCAAAAAACGUUUCUCUCAGGGAUGUGCUGCGGACCAGGAAGAAAUUAGUUGGAGAUGAGAUGUACAUAGAGACAUCUCCACACUGUAAACUGCAGCCAAAGCAGGUUUACACUCUGUCCACCGGUCCUGGAGCCGAUUCAGUUCUAGUUCAGCCAUCAGAGGCAGAAUUUGAUGAAGAGUCCUACGACAACUACUUCCCAUCCUUCCAGGUGACUUAUGAAACAGUGAUGAAACACAUGAAACUGUUUCUGAGGGACAGCAGCUCCAACAGUGUCUGGGAGAGACGAGUUUGUCUUUCCACCUCUGGAGUAAAAACAUCCUGUGGAUCAACCCGUGUGAAUCUGCGUCCACACGAGCAGCUGUUAGAGAUACGGAGUAAUUUCAUCCGUGGUGUAUCAGGACCUGUUCUCCAGAGUCUGCUGGACAAACUGCUGGAAAAAAAGGUGAUGACUAAUUCUGAGAGGGAGGCAGCAGAGGAGAUAAAGAGCAGAGGAGAGAAAACUCGAUCAGUUCUCGACACCGUGAGGAAGAAAGGUGAAGCUGCCAGUUCAGAGAUGGUUGAGUUCCUCUGUGAGGUCGACCCCUUCCUCUGUGAACAUCUGGGGUUGAUGUGAGGAAAAUGAAGAAAUCCUGCAAGAGUUUUUGUGCAGAUCCUGAACAAAUUAUGCAAAUUUUCCAGCUUUGAACUGCAGCUACUGAUGAUCUGUCCAGGACGUACCCUGCCUCUCACCUGAUAGCAGAUAUAGACAAUAGAUGGAUGAACUGUUAAAUAAUUAUGUUGCUGCUGUAAUCUGGUAUAGAUCCACAGAGAGCAGAGCACAGCUGUUUUUCCUGCCAUGUAUUUUCUGUUUAUUACUGAAUGUGUGAAGUAGUUAAUGUGCUUCAGGGAAACUCUGAUCUGAUCUUUGUGGAAUUUACAGCCAUCUGCUGGCGGACAUGAGGAACUAAUAAUGGUUCUGGAUUCUUUUACUCAACUUACACUAUCACUAAAAGUAGAUAUUUAAAUUUUCAUAUUUUACAUGUAUGUCUUUAAUGACUGUAUUUUUUACUAAAUUUUGUAAUCAUACAUACUUUCAGUACUACUAUGUAUUUUAUAUAUAUGUAUAAGUUGGGCUACAGACAAAGAAAGAUAGAAAUCUUAAUGAAAUAUACAGAAACAGCGUUGUGGAAGAUUCUACAAUCAGCUGGUUAACUUUAAAUUCGGGGGUCAGGAUUGGAUAAAAUAUUUUUUCCUUUCAUAAAAGAAUGGAUCAUUUGUGCCAAACUUCAGAGAAUUAUCACUAAAUUAAGAACAAGUAUUGCUCAGUAACAGAUUGUAAAUAAGCGGUUAUUUUUGUAGACUUGCCAUUAAAAAGACAAACGUGACUCUCCACAGACAGACAUGGCUCCACUGAGAAA